AUGUCUCCCCUACUUCCCAAUGAUAUCAUUCUUCUGGCUGGGGAGUUCUUGGAAGACCACCAAGAUCGCUAUAACCUUGUCUUUGUAUCCCGUCGCUUUCACGACCUCCUCUUGCGCCUAGUAUAUCGAAAGGCCACUUUGAAGAAUGCCUCGCAGACUCGUUCUUUCCUGAAUGCUCUCUUGCGCCGCCCUGAGCUGGCUCGGGCGGUGCGAAGCCUGCAUUUCGAUGACUGGAAGCAAGCAUCUUCUGGCUCUUCUCCAUCAUCGUCGCAGGACAUAGACUGGACGCCAUUCAAGAACUGGGCUCGGAUGAUCAGCCAGUCAGAGGAAGAAUACUUACAAUGGGAGAAGGAUUUGCUUGACGACGUAGAGGAGGCGUGGAUUGCUCUUGCUCUGCCGCUGGCGAGCAACCUACGAGAACUCCGAUUGGUGUACCCUCAGGAGAGCGUGUAUCUGGACCGCACGCUGCAAAGAGCUCUGAAGGGGGAGAAGCCCUUCGAUGAGCAGCCUGCCUUCCGUGUUUUACAGGAGGUGUCCCUCGGUCACAUGGAAAAUGAGGCAGACACUCCGGGUAGCUUCGCACCGUCUCAGCUUUUCCCAUUCUUCCAGUUACCAUCAAUGCGAGCGUUAUCCGCAGAUUCAGUAGUCGAGUCCAGCUCGUCGUCCAACGACGAGGCCGAACAGACGACGGAAACGCCUCAGCUCGGACCCUCAAAAAUAUCUGAGAUUACGCUCCACUCGAGCAAUGGUUCCAGGGGCAUGGAAGGACUGAUCGCUUCCUGCCCGUCGCUUCGGUCGUUUAAAUAUCAGCACUCUGACUCCCAUCUGCUUUCCGAGGGCUACCGGCCUUCGGAAUUUGCCCGGUCGCUGACGGCUAGUAAAGGCAGUCUCGAGACAUUGUGGCUGGAUAGCUUCGGAACCCAUCUGCCCUUCACCAUCGCCGGAGCCAACGAGACGCACGACGAGUGGUUUGGGACGUUGACGGAUUUUACGGCGUUGAAGGACAUCCGAAUUCGCCUCCCCAACCUUCUGGACGUGCGCUACCAGUUCGAGCCCUCGACCACGCUACCCGAUGUUCUCCCGCCGUCGGUGCAAACGUUGUCGGUGGAGGGAUGCAAGGAGAUGUCGCUGAGAAUGCUGAUUGGGCAGCUGAAAAUGGUGCUCGGUCAGCGCGAAAAGCGAUUUGUCGGCCUGCGUCGCUUGGACAUUGAAGGGUUCUUCCAUGACGAGGAAGACGAGGAUGCUUCUGGCUACGAUGCCCAGGCGGCUAACGCCGGGGGCGAGAAGGUCAUCAAAUCUCGCGUCUAUGAGAUGACCGAGGCGUUGCACACCUCGUGCGCUGAGGCUGGCAUCGAACUGCACCUGCGUGACCGAGACUGCCCUUCGACGAUGACCUAA